AUGGAUAGACCAACGACCGGGCAGUCUCGAUUUUCGGGGCUGACGCUAGACACUCAGUUCAGUCGGCAGACAUCGCUGGCACCAAAAGAGCUCGAGGGAAUCUUUACUUUUGAAGGAGUCUCGCACGACUUACUGCUCUCAAAUGGGAAGCUUUAUUGGGAGCCAAUUACGGUUGAUAUUCCAGGAGUGGAGGCACCGAUGGGAGAAAAGUACUGCGUUGAAAUUGAGAAAUUCGUGAUUGGAGUGCGCUUCAGAAAAAUCAAAACUGUAAUUCGAGGACAAGCGCGGUCGAUUGUAACAGGAUUCAACUUGAGAGUAAUUGCGGACGAUGAAGAGUUCGACUUCACCUUUAACAACGAUACAGAAGAACUUGUUCGAACCUGGGCAAGCGCUAUCCUCAAAAUCAUACGGAAACGCCCUUUUAUUUCUAAAAACCAUGCAAAAGUUUUUAUCGAAAAAUCCGACGCAAAAGAUCUUCCAACUAUUCUCAACUAUUUUCAUUCCGCUGGCUUGAAAUACACGAUCUGCAAACUUGCUGACUUCAAAUUUAUACUUCCCUCGGAAACAGCCAUCUUGAUCGGGACGGAUAAAUUUUUGCAGUUUGCCUUUGACUACAGCUUCCCAGAUGCAAAAGUAGCAUUUGUCCCGACGAAUCGCUCGAAAUUGAAGUCCCUUCUCUACGAUCACCUUCCUAUUCAAGAUGUUCCAAAGAAGCUUCUAUUUUCGAAUCUCAAAACUCUUGGCGUUGCAUCAGCAGAAAUCGCAAUCGGAAAUUUGAUUUCAAAGAAGACAUUUUUUCACUUCGCCGCCACACCUGUUUCUCUUUUUGAAACGAAGUUUUUACUGACUGGAAUGUACAUAAAUGAUGGAGAUGAGCACAGUGUCCGCGUUUCUGUCAAUGAUUUGUCUGUUUCCACUUCUUCUGUCGGUUAUUCAAUCUGUUUUCAUUCAUCAAAAAAUGCCCUUGCCGACUUUUUCAGCACGACCUGGAAUAUGGCCGUUGGAGCUAGUUUGACAAGAGAACUCACAAUUGACUGUACUGAAUUUGACCUUACUCUCUGUCAAAUCAAUGGAACUUACAGUUGGUCGUUUGGAGGGAUCAAUUUGGACGAGAAUGUGUCAAGAAUUCGAAUAAAAAGCGAUCGAUCUGUUGAUAUCUUUUACUGA